AAGGGUUUUAGUUUCUUAAAUAGUUGCUGGAAAUUUAGUAAACAGGGAUAAUAAUUUAGUUCUCUUAUUUUGUUUUAUAGGAGUUUAUUUCUAGCGAGUCGUAAUUCGCACAGUGGCCCCCGUACUUAGGUAUUCCAGGAUUAAGAUGUUGAUUUCAAUGUACGUAAAUCUAGGAAACCUAGAGAAGCUAGACUGUGAGACCCCACACAUUUAUGUCAAGAAGAUUGAGUUUGCCUGCAAUUACUUUGCUUCAGUGAAGAACCUACCUGAAUUGAGAAAGAAAGAUGUUAUGGCAGAGAUGGUUAUUCAUUGCUUACCUUCCAAGAACCCAUACAUAGAGCUUAAGAAUUGAUUUCGGGAUAUGCAUAUGGAAAAUGGCAUUCCUAAUUACUACAAGUAUGGUACUCCAGAUGGUAGAUGGAGAUAUGAUUUGGAGAUUAUGACUACGAUUAUAGAGCUCACAGAGGAAUGUUUUGAUGAUGGUAAGACGGUAGAGAACAUCAACCUUACAGGAUUAGAUCAUGAUACAAAGACUCAGAUGGAUGAGGACAGUGAUGAUGACGUUGUUGAGAUUGAGAACCCUAACCCUAUCAUUCCUGAACCCACUAUUGAGAUCUCCAGUGACACAGAAAUUGAGCCUGAAGUCGACAAUGAUGAGGUAAACGUGUGUUACAGCAAAACAAUGAGGAUAUGGAAUUUGAGUCUGAUCCACAGGAAGGCUUUGUUGAUUUUGAAGACCAUGAGCCCUCUUCACCUGUUUGUAAGGGUGGCUGGAUAGUUGAGUAGCAUUUUAAGCUUUUGUAAUAGCUAGUGCCUAGAUUUAGUGAAGCAAUAAAGUAGUACACUACUAUUUAUGGUUUUAGUAGUUCAGUUUUGUGGUUUUCCGAAUAAACUACGAUCCAAAGGAUGUAUUAUUUUUCCAUCGAAGUAAUAAAAUCUAGAAUUCCUUCUUA